AUGUCGAAAGGCAGGAGCCGUUUCUCCUCCUUGGAGGUGCUGCUGUGUGUGCUGGUGAUGCUGCUGUUUCUAUAUUUAUCUCUCUCAGCACUGGAAGAUAACCCAGAGGAGACACAGCUGAGCGGGACUCUAACCAUCUCCGCAGGUGUGGGCUUUACCCAGGAGCUCCUCAACAGCAGCAGUGUGCAGUACAAAGCCCUGGCCUACGACACCGAGAGCCUGAUAUUCGAGGCCUACAGCCGAAGCUCCCUCAAAGAUCAAUACAUGGGAUGUGACAUUCAGAACUUCAGUCUGCGGGGUGCGGUGGAGUCCAACGAGGCUCAGGAGCAGCUGGUGGAGGGCCUACAGAGUGGGGGGGUGAACCUGGGGGGGCUGGUGGUGGAUCCCGACUCUGUGAAGAUCUCAGCACUUGCAUUCUACAUGGUAUUCUAUGUUUUGGUGUAUGUUUGGGUGUGUGUGUCUUCAGUUCCCUGCCCAGAGGGUGAGAGAGUGUGUGGUGACGGUAACACCUGUGUGGCGCUGCCUCAGUGGUGUGAUGGACUGAAGGACUGUCCUGACGGAGCGGACGAGGAGGAGAAGCUCUGUGCAACAGCAUGUGACGGACAGUUUGUCCUGCUGGGUCCAGCUGGGUCCUUCCACUCCGAGAACUUCCCCUUGCCAUAUGAGAAUGAGCGAGUGUGUCGCUGGAUCAUACGGGUGCAUGAGGGACUGUCCAUUAAGGUGGACUUCCAGUCAUUUCACACUGAGCAGGAGACUGACCUUCUGACCCUGUAUGAAGGAAUCGGACCAAACCAAACGUUGACAUCCUCUGUGUCAGGUUCCACACCUCCAGGGACCCUGUGGCUGCUGUCUGACGAGGCCACCGCGGUCUUCUCCACGGACUACGCCAACGCCCUCCCCGGCUUCAACGCCUCUUUCAGGGCCGAGGACCUCAGCACUCUCUCCAACGAGCAGAAGGUCAGCUGCUCCUUCGAGGACGGCGUGUGCUUCUGGAGGCAGGAGCCUGAGGAUGAUGGUGACUGGAUGCGGGUACGAGGGCCCAUCUUUCCCCCCACCACCGGCCCCAGUGCUGACCACACCCUGGGGAACGUGUCAGGCUUCUACAUGGUGACACCAGGAGGUUUUGGUAACUGGGAGAAGAGCUUCAGACUGCACAGCCUUCCCCUGGCACCCUCCAAUGGGUCUGUGUGUCUCAGCUUCUGGUAUCACAUGUAUGGGCUGGAGGUGAGCAGUCUGAGUGUUUGGGUUGAGAGCGGCUCCAAUUCCUCUGAGCUCUUCCAUAAGGAGGGCAAUUAUGGAGACCACUGGAACUAUGGCCAGAUCACCCUCAACACCACCACACACAUCACAGUAGUCUUUCAGGCCCGGAAGAGAACAAGCAGAGGAAAUGACAUCGCUGUAGAUGACAUCAGCCUGAGCAGCGGUGCGUGUGAAGGUGGUCCACCAGGUCCCACCCCAGUCCCCACCCCAACCACUCCACCGCCGAUACCACCCGACUGUGGAGGCCCGUUUGACCUGAGGGAGCCCAACUCCACGUUCAGCUCCCCCAACUACCCACAUGGCUAUGGCAACAAGGCCUCAUGUGUUUGGAACCUGCACGCGCAGGAGGGACGGAACAUCCAGCUGCACUUCCUGGAUUUCGCCCUUGAGAUUGGCUAUGAUGUCAUGGAGGUCAGAGAUGGGGCAGGGCCUGAGUCUGUGCUGCUGGGUGUUUUCACAGGAGAGCGUGACUUCCCUGAUGUCUUCUCAACAACCAAUCAGAUAACAGUGAUGCUCUUCACAGACAGCUCAGGAAAUGACAAAGGUUUCCGUGCCAACUUCACCUCAGGCAUCAGACUGGGCCAGCCGGAGCCGUGUCCAUCGGGAGACUUCCAGUGUGGCUCUGGGGUGUGUGUCUCCAACAAGCGCGUGUGUGAUGGUGUGACGGACUGCCCUGAUGCCUCGGAUGAAGCCCAGUGUGUUCACCUGCUGCCUGUGAGCUCUGGGAACAGUACAGGUGAGGCCAGACUGCAGGUUCAGGUGAACUCCAAACGCUAUACUUCAUGUGCUCAGAACUGGACAUCAGAUCUGUCUCAGUACUUCUGCCGCUACCUGGGCUACAGAAGUAACACAUGGGAUGAUGGAGAGAUAAGGGAGAUAGAUAAAGAAGAGCUUGUGGAGAGGACAGGAAAGGAGGGCAGGGUGGUGGGAGGGACCGAUGCCGAGAAGGGGGCGUGGCCUUGGGUGGUGUCACUCAAGUGGCUGGGCCGUCAUGUGUGCGGAGCUUCGGUGAUUGACAAGGAGUGGCUGAUCACGGCGGCCCAUUGUGUUUAUGGUAAGAACAUCCAUCUGUCUAACUGGGUUGCUGUGCUGGGUCUGCACUCCCAGUAUGGCUCCGACUACCAGGACAGACAGAACCUCCAGGUGGACCAGAUCAUCAUGAACACACACUACAACCGCCGGUCCAAACAGGCCGACAUUGCACUCAUGCACCUGAAAACACCAGCCAACUUCACAGAUUAUGUGCAGCCCGUGUGUUUACCUCACGAGCAGCAGCGGUUCCAAGCUGACAGGAAGUGUGUCAUCGCUGGCUGGGGGACGCUGGAGGAGGGAGGCAGUGUGGCAGACGUGCUGCAGCAGGCGGUGGUGCCGUUAGUGGACCGGGCUCAGUGUCAGGAGUGGCUGCCAGAGUACAACAUCACAGCCCAGAUGGUGUGUGCCGGGCUCCCUGAUGGAGGAGUGGACUCCUGCCAGGGGGACUCUGGGGGUCCUCUGAUGUGUGAGGAGGACGGCAGGUGGGUGCUGGUGGGUGCCACCUCAUUUGGGGUGGGGUGUGGGCGGCCCAAGAGGCCAGGCGUCUACGCCCUCGUCAGCGAGUUUAUCGACUGGGUGGUGGAGACGCGCCGCUCGCACUCUCACUGGGAAGGAUGGAGGACCAGACUACACUAGUACCAUACAGACUGGACUGGGAAGGAUGGAGGACCAGACUAGAAUAGUACCAUAGAGACUGGACUGGGAAGGAUGGAGGACCAGACUAGAAUAGUACCAUAGAGACUGGACUGGGAAUGAUGGAGGACCAUAAUAGACUAGUACCAUAAAGACUGGAUGUACAAACUGAAGAUCAAAGACUACAGACCAAAUAAUACUAAAUACUGCACUGGGACAAGUUGUAAACAGACACUAAUCACUGUAUCAUAGAGACUGGAGGUACAAAAUGAAGAUCAAAGACUACAGACCAAAUAAAACAAAACACUGCACUGAAGAAGCUGGAAGACUCAACAUUUUACUGGGAUGACUAGAAGUACAGACGCUGGUUAUACUGAACAGCUGAUUCUAUACUAGAGACUGAAGAUGGAAGACCACAGAGAUCCUUCUCUCCAGCUAAUUUCCUGUCAAACCUUCACUGUCCUAUCUGAUUAUAAGGCAAAAAGCCCACAAUUAAAUCUUUAAAAAAAGAAAAACACUCCAUUACAAAGGCUGCAGAUAAAGACCAAGUUCGAAGAGGGACAGAUCGCUGUGGACACCUAAAGAUGAAACUCGCACUGGGUUCUUCAGAAAAGGGAGAUAUAACUGAACUUAGAACACAAAUAGAACGUGCUAAAUUUUAUGAAUUUAAUUUAAUUCAAAAGGUAUACACACUGACCUCAUAGAAAUCCAGGGUCUGGAAAUCAGUGUCAAGAACAAACUUGUUUGUUAAGAACAAACAAUUCUAAAAUGCAGUAAUUCAGCCAUUAUUGUGUGAUGGGCAAUCUGGCAGACAGGUCUGCAUUAUGAUAUCUGUAUUAUAAUUUUGUAACAUAUGUAAAUGUUGUGAUGAUAAUUAAAUAAAUAAAGAUUUUAAAUGAAUGGAAAAAAAAAUGUAAUACAAGUAAUAUAUUCUGCUGUAAUAGUCUUGGAGAGGACAUGACAGAGCUAAAUGUAAGAGAGUAGCACGUAGCCUAUUAGCUCGGCCUGUUUUAACCAUGUGCUCCAAGGCCUGGUGCACCUACAGCAGUGUCCCCCCCCUCACUUCCUUCCUGUUGACUAUUGUUCU